UAUUUUUUAACUUUUUCUGGAACCGGAAACUCAGAGUCAACACCUACCUGUAGACAACUAGUGACGGUGAAGCAUGAAAGUGUUGGUGACCGGCGCUUCCGGUUACUUAGGCGGCAGACUCUGCGACGCCCUCCUCCGUCACGGCCACUCCGUCCGGGCGUUCGUCCGUCGCACCAGCGACCUCUCCUCCCUUCCUCCUCCCUCCGACGACGGAACCCUAGAACUUGCCUACGGUGACGUCACGGACUAUCCCUCACUCCUCGGCGCUUGCUCCGGCUGCCACGUGGUCUUUCACGCCGCUGCGUUAGUCGAACCGUGGCUUCCAGAUCCUUCUAAAUUUACUUCUGUUAAUAUUGGAGGUUUGAAGAACGUGAUUCGAGCGUGUAAGGAGACGGAUUCGGUUGAGAAGAUUGUUUAUACGUCGUCGUUUUUCGCCUUGGGAUCCACUGAUGGAUAUACCGCUGAUGAGAGUCAGGUGCAUUCAGCCAAAUUCUUCUGUACCGAAUACGAGAAAUCAAAGGCCGUUGCUGAUAAAAUUGCUCUAGAAGCUGCAAAGGAAGGCAUACCGAUAGUGGCUGUUUAUCCCGGAGUUAUAUAUGGACCCGGUAAAGUCACUGCGGGGAAUGUGGUGGCUCGAAUGAUUGUUGAACGGUUUAACGGACGAUUGCCUGGCUACAUAGGUUAUGGAAACGAUAAGUUUUCUUUCAGUCAUGUAGAUGAUGUGGUAGAUGGUCACAUUGCAGCUUUGGACAAAGGUCAACCAGGUCAAAGAUAUCUUCUUACGGGUGAAAAUGCAUCCUUCGUGCAAGUUUUCGAUAUAGCAGCUGCUAUCACCAACACAAAAACACCUCGGUUUAACAUUCCUAUGUUCGUGAUCGAGAUUUAUGGCUGGUUAUCCGUGCUAUUCGCCAGAAUAACUGGAAAACUUCCACUUAUUAGCCCUCCGGCUGUGUCCUGUCUUAAACACCAAUGGGCUUAUUCUUGUGAUAAGGCAAAAAGAGAACUGGACUACAAGCCUCGAAGCUUAACCGAGGGUCUAGAAGAGGUUCUUCCUUGGUUGAAGAACUCGGGGGCUAUUAAAUACUAACAACAAAAAUACAGGCAGUCAUUUUGUUACUUGUAAUAUAAGUAUAUAACACUUACUACAUUUGCUCAAAUUAGGGAGGUGGAUUUCUUACAUGAUACGAAAUAUGCAGGUUUCUUUUAACAUAAAUGAGUUCGUGUCAGUUUCAGGCUCAACUCGCGGUCAUGUUUAACUAAACGGGUCAGGUUUGGCUUGAUGGGUUUACGUAUCGACCUUUUAUAUUUGUACACUUUAAUAGGUAUUUAUGUCGUAAUUAAACUUGUUAUUUUA